CAUGGUGUGGUUGUACACUUGACUGCGAGAAGCUGUGACCCUUCGUUCUUAUCCCAAUUCAUACUGCCAGCUUUGCUCAUGCGCUUCAUCUCACACCGCACCAUGAUCAGAACCUACAGCCACGAAACGCACAGACGCGCCGGCUUCAAGUCACAAACGCCACAUGAUUACGUAAAGCAAACCACGUGGGAGCUUGCGUUCUGGUCGGCUGACGACCGGUAAUUGAUGUCCUCAACAUCAGCUGUUGAAGACGUGGACAGCCAGCCAACGAAGCGGAGACCCAUAAGCAAGCCUAAGCUAUUGUCUGAAGAAUCGAGAGACAUGUCACACCAACCAGCCGGAGCGCUCUCCGCCGUCUCUGUGAUGAGCGGUAUAUUCGCCUUCACACGAUUCCGCUCUGUCCCUUCACUCGUUGCGUCCUUUGGAAUUGGUUCGGCACUGGCUUUGAGCAGUUUGAGGAUUAGGGAUGGUUUGGAUUACGGUGUAGAGGGAGCGACGGCGAGCUCUGCGCUGUUGACUGUACCUACUAUGAUGCGAGCGAUCAAAACUCGUGCACCUGUACCUGCAUUUGUCGGAGCAGCAGCAGCUCUAUGUACGAUCUAUUACGCAAAUGAACUGAGAGAGAGGAGGUGAAGGAGGCAGAGGUUUGGUCAAUCAAGGCCAGGUCCGCACGCGGGACCCGCCAAGCAACUCUCGGGAGGCAUGCGGGCGAGAUCAGCAGAGAGGUAGGUAUUACAUCGAGCAGAGCAUCUGUACGA